AGAAAUUACAGGAAUUAGAAGCACUCACUUCUAAUGCCAAACAAAGCGCUCGAAAGACUUUUCCCAAACGAGCCAACAAUAAUGGCAAUACAGACGCGACACCUGUUUCUAGUGAUCACAUGAAUGGCAAAAACUAUGAUAAUGUUUCCAAUACUAAACCCGAAGAAAAAAAGAGUACCAUUCUAUUCGAAGAGUUGGAACCGUUGACAGGGAAUCCAAAUGUCGGUGAUUUAUUGGCGUUCAAAAUGUUAACGAUGUCGAGCGAUGGCCACACGAUGGAAGCCUCGCCCUUCAAUGUCGGAUCCGCUCUUCACGUCAAUAAAGACACCCGAAUGGUCGAUAUUCUACUUCAGGAUACACUCCAUCGGCAAAGGAACGCAAAGACCGAUUAUAACCGCGAAGAACAUCCCUCUCAUAUCAUAUCAUUGAAGAUCAAUUGGUCCACAGUUUUAGAGCCCAAACUCAUUCAAAGAGCCCAAACAAAAAUCUCAUAACAUGUAUAUCUCGUUCACACAAAAUAUGUUUAAUUCGUAACAAUCGCUCAUCAAAUGAAUACAUAAUCGCAUGA